AUUUUUUAUUUUUAAAUGUUCGUUUCUGCUAAACUAUGUAACGUAGCUAUUGCUCUUCAUAAUACCAUUCCGCCAUGUUUGAUCAAGGCUCGUCCUCUAGAAAAGGAUCAGACGAUUAAAAUGGACGACUGGGAGGAAGAGGAAACCGCACCGUCCUUCGCGCCCGUCAGCAGCACGGAUGCAGCUCCGCAGAGAAGCUCCUGGAACGGAGGCGCCAGGGACUCAGGAAAUGACGGAGACAGCUGGAACCGCUCCAACCGAGGGCGAGGAGGUUCGGCCGGGAGAGGAGGCAGAGGAGGGCGCGGCAGAGGCUUCGGACGGUCUGACCAGGACGAGCUCAAUGGAGGCGGCGGAGACUCUGAAAACGGGUUCAGAGGAAGAGGCCGAGGAGGAAGAGGAGGCUUCAGACCAGGUGGGGGGGAGCGAGGAAGAGGAGGAGGUUAUCGAGGACGGGAUGAAGACGUCUUUGCUGCAGCAGGAGACAGCAGAGGGGCAGAGAACAGCGAUGCAGCUGACCCUGAACGGCCCAAAGUGACCUACAUCCCCCCGAGCCUCCCAGAGGACGAGGACUCCAUCUUCUCCCACUACAAGAUGGGCAUCAACUUCGACAAGUACGACGACAUCCUGGUGGACGUCAGCGGGACCAACCUGCCCGCCGCCAUCAUGACCUUUGAGGAGGCCAAGCUGUGCGAGUCGUUGAAGAACAACAUCAGCAGGUCCGGAUACGUCAAGCCGACGCCCGUCCAGAAGUACGGCCUCCCCAUCAUCUCCGCCGGCAGAGACCUGAUGGCGUGCGCUCAGACCGGCUCCGGAAAAACUGCGGCGUUCCUGCUGCCCAUCCUGCAGCAGCUGAUGGCAGACGGCGUGGCGGCCAGCCGCUUCAGCGAGAUCCAGGAGCCAGAGGCCGUGAUUGUGGCUCCUACCAGGGAGCUCAUCAACCAGAUUUACCAGGAGGCCCGGAAGUUCUCCUUUGGGACCUGCGUGCGGCCCGUGGUGGUCUACGGAGGCGUGAACACCGGCUACCAGAUGAGGGAGAUCGAGAAGGGCUGCAACGUGCUGUGCGGGACUCCGGGACGCCUGCUGGACAUGAUCGGCAGAGGAAAGGUGGGCCUGAGUAAAGUUCGCCACCUGGUCCUGGACGAAGCCGACCGCAUGUUGGACAUGGGCUUCGAGCCGGACAUGCGCCGGCUGGUGGGCUCCCCGGGUAUGCCGUCCAAAGAGGAGCGGCAGACGCUGAUGUUCAGCGCCACCUUCCCCGAGGACAUCCAGAGGUUGGCGGCCGACUUCCUGAAGGUGGACUACCUGUUUGUGGCCGUGGGGGUGGUGGGCGGAGCCUGCACCGACGUGGAGCAGACCUUCCUACAGGUCACCAAAUUCAACAAGCGGGAGCAGCUCCUGGACCUCCUCAGGACCAUCGGGUCUGAGCGGACCAUGGUGUUCGUGGAGACCAAGAGGCAGGCCGACUUCAUCGCCGCCUUCCUGUGCCAGGAGAAGGUUCCGACCACCAGCAUCCACGGCGACAGAGAGCAGCGCGAGCGGGAGAAGGCGCUGGCGGAUUUCCGCUCAGGCAAGUGUCCCGUCCUGGUGGCCACCUCGGUGGCGUCCCGCGGCCUGGACAUCCCUGACGUCCAGCACGUGGUGAACUUUGACCUGCCCAACACCAUCGACGACUACGUCCACCGCAUCGGGAGAACGGGCCGCUGCGGCAACACCGGCAGGGCCGUGUCCUUCUACGACCCCGACGUGGACAGUCAGCUGGCCCGCUCGCUGGUCGGCAUCCUGGCCAAGGCUCAGCAGGAGGUGCCGUCAUGGCUGGAGGAGUCGGCGUUCGGCGCUCACGGUUCCGCCGCCUUCAACCCUUCGGGAAGGACGUUUGCCUCCACAGACUCCAGGAAGGGUGGUUCUUUCCAGGACAGCAGUGUGAAGACGCAGCCUGCAGCGCCCCCUGCUGCUGCUGAUGAAGAUGACUGGGAGUGAAGGCCCCGCCGCGUCAGCUUCCUCCUCCACUGAAUGCCGAAGCGUUCCGUUUUUUUUUUUUUUUUUAAGGCAUUUGAACUUGUGUUAAAGUAGAAACUGGGAGGAUGAGUGUCCGACCGCCCACGUUCAAGUCCGGAAGAAGAGGAUCAGAGGAGCGUUCUCCUGACAGAAUGACUAUAGAGAAAAGUUGGUAUUGUUGUGUCCUUCAGCGGUUUUCUCCUGAUAAAUAAAAGUUUUCAACAAA